UGAAUUUUAUAUCGUCUUGUUCGUCACUUAUCCGUCGUCUACGUCUGGAACAAUCGUCGUCAUUAAUUUUUUUUUUUUACUAACAAUCUUUUUUUUAAUGUUUUACUUUGUUCUAUAAACUUUAGUUAUAUAAACGUAUAAUAACCUAUAUAGCCUAUUUCAUUUUUAACAAAACGUUUUUACAGUAUGGAUUCUAUUAGAGUAGCUGUCCGUGUUCGUCCUCUCGUAAAAUCUGAAUUAAAUCGUGGAUGUUCAGAUUGUGUGUUUGCUGAUGUUAAAAACCAACAGAUAAUUGUGAACGAUAAUCCUAAUCUAACAUUUACCUUUAAUUAUGUAUUUUCACCUGAACAUUCUCAAGACCAAGUAUAUAAAUUAGCGGUUGAAGAUUUAAUUCAAAAGUUAUUUAGUGGAUAUAAUGUUACCAUAUUAGCAUAUGGACAAACUGGAUCAGGUAAAACCCACUCAAUGGGUACAAAUUUUGUGGAUGAUGAGAAAGAAGAAGAAAAAGGUAUUAUUCCACGAGCUAUUCAAAAUAUUUUCAAUGAAGUACAAAAACUAAAAGAAGAAGCACAAUUUUCCAUAAGUGCAUCAUUUAUUGAAUUGUAUCAAGAACAAGUGUAUGACCUUUUAUCUCCUACAAGAGCUACUCUUGAUAUUAGAGAAGAUGGCCGUGGAAUAUGUAUACCAGGUCUAACUGAAAUGAGGGUUACUGAUUUAUCUUCUACUCUCCAAUGCUUGAUACAGGGUUCUAACGGUAGAGCAACUGGGGCAACUGCAAUGAAUGCUCAAUCUUCCCGUAGUCAUUGUAUAUUUACGUUAACCAUAAGUCAAAUACGAGAAAAUGGGGACAAUACUACUGCUAAAUUUCAUCUUGUGGAUUUGGCUGGAUCAGAAAGAAGUAAAAAAACAAAAGCUACUGGAGAAAGAUUUAGGGAAGGUGUUAAUAUUAAUAAGGGGCUAUUAUCAUUAGGAAAUGUUAUUACAUCAUUAUGUGACAAAUCUGCUCACAUUUCAUACAGAGAUAGUAAACUUACCCGCUUACUGCAAGAUUCUCUGGGUGGAAAUUCUGUUACACUGAUGAUUGCAUGUAUUAGUCCAGCAGACUAUAAUAUGGAUGAAAGUGUGAGCACUUUACGGUAUGCUAAUAGAGCAUUACAAAUUAAAAAUAAGCCUAUUAUUAACCAAGAUCCAAUUACUGCUCAGAUUUCUGCACUUUCUAAAGAAAAUCGUGAAUUAAAAUUAAAAAUAGUUGCAAUGGAAGCUAAUGGUUUUGGUUCUUGUCCACCAGAACAUAACACUUUGCUAAAAACAAAUAAAGAAUUAUUGGAGAAAACCCGUGCCAUGAGUCAAGUAUUAAGUGAAUACAUGACACAAAGUGCAUCAUUAAACAUGAAAGCAUUAUUGGCCGAGACUGGACGUGAUACAAUGAAAAAAAAUCUUUUAGAAUUAAAAUUAAAUUUUGAAAAUGCUUUAAAAGACAAUGAUUUAGAAGAAUUUAAAAAUAUCAAAGAUAAAAUUGGUUCAAUUAUGGAUGAACAUAAUCGUACUGAAGUUGAAAUAACAGGUGAUGAUUAUGUUACUGCUUCUGAAGAGGUGGAUGAUGAGAUAUCCGAGUCAGAUAAUGAAACUGAUCAAACUAAAGAGCUAAUGGUUAUGGAAACUAUUCAAUUGAAUCGUGAACUGAACAAACUGAAUAAGGAACUAGCUAUGAAAGAGCAUUUAGCCGCUAAACUUGUAGAAUCUGUUUCACAUAUUGGCGAAUAUUGCCCUGAAGAGAAUACUGAAGAAUUGAAAAAUAAACUUGAACAGUUAAAACAAGAACGUGACCAAUUAGAAGAAGCUUUAAAAGCUGCUCAAACAAAUAAUAUUAAUUCUAAAUUAUCAGAACAAAGACGUAAAAAAUUGCAAGAACUUGAACAAAAAAUUGCAAAUCUAACUAAAAAAUGUUUAGAACAAGAUCGAAUUAUUAAAAUGAAAGCUAAAAAUGAUAAAAAAGUAGAAAAUUUAAAUAAUGAAAUAAAGAGUAUUAAAGUUAUGAAAGUAAAACUUAUCCAGCAAAUGAAAAGUGAUAAUGAAAAGUUCAGGCAGUUUAAGUUAGAACGAGAUAGAGAACUUUGUCGUUUGAAAGAACAUGAAAGAAAACAAAAACAUCAAAUCAUUCGUAUGGAACAACUACAUGAUAGACAGCAAACUGCACUGAAACGUAAAUUGGAAGAGGCAGCAAAUGUUAACAAAAGACUCAAAGAUGCUCUUGCUGUUCGGAAAGCUAUUGAAGUGAAACGAGAUGAAGCAUUUAUGCCUAAAGCUCAACGAAUCCAAAAAUGGGUAAAUGAAGAAUUAGAUGUUUUAUUGAGUACAGUUGAUGCACAAAAAACUUUAGAGCAAUUGGAAGUUGACCGAGAAAUCAUAUUUAAAAUGAUGCAAAGAUGUGAAGAACAAUUAGAAACAACUGGACUUACUGAAGAAUUUAAAUAUGGUUUGAAGAUGGAUAAAACAGAAAUGUCCAGAGAACUAGAAUUAAGGUCCGCUCAAAUAAUGGAUUUGAGACAAAAAAUAUUUGAUAGUAAUGAAGAACUUAUAAAAAAAAAUCGUUUUGAUUAUUUAUCUACUAUUGCUGAUACAAAAACUGCCUUAAAACAUGUAUUCCAUGUUGCUGCUGAAAAUCGAAGAGCUACGUUAGAAUUACAGAGUCAAGUUGAAGAACUUAAAGCAUUAUUACUUGAAGCAAAAGACAAUGUUAACAUAGCAGAAAAAAAAAAAUUAGAUUUAAUAAAUAAGCACCAAAAGCAAAUAGAGGAUCUUCAAAAGGAGUAUGAAGAUAAUAUUUUAAUUUUAUUGAGACAAUUAAAUGAAAAAGAAAAAACAGUUUCUGGUAGCAAUUGUAAUGAAUAUUUUGAACGACUAAGAAUCUUUGAUGACCAAUUUAGUAAAGUAGAACAACUAAAAGAAGAAUUGAAUCAAAAAGAUAAAUUAAUUUUAGAUCUCCAAACAGUUGUAAACAAUGGUUUACAUCGUUCAAAAUCAAACAAAAUGUUUUCUCCAAUUACACCUGAGAACAUUGAAAAUGAUGAUACUAAAGAAAAUAUUGAUGAUGUUACUCCUUUACGACGACGUUUAGACAAGUUAAAGAGAGAAAGCAGAAUGUUUGAACCUUCUUUUGACCAAGAAAAUCGUGUAAACUUAAAAAGAAAUGCUAAAGGAGAAUCCAUGUGUUUAUGUAUCAAAAAUUGCCUAAAAAAUAUUUGUUCAUGUCAAAAAAAGAAUAAGUCUUGUUCCAAGUACUGUAAAUGCUCAAUAAGUGUAUGCAAUAAUAGAUGUUCACCUGUACAUGAACCCAUUCAAGAAGAACCGCCAGAAAGUAUUUUAAACCAAACUUUUAAAAAACCAAAAACUGAAUUACUUGCAGUAGAAGAUAUUGCAAAUGAAACCUACAAUAAAUUUUAAAUAUCUGUGUAAUAAACAAACUAAUUAUUUUUAGAUUUUAUAUAAUAUCUCUUAAGUG